AGUUUAUUAAUAGCUUGGUCCGAACAUUCCAAGUUUCUGAAAUAAGUUGUUUAUUUAUUCACAUUAUGAAUUAAACUAAGUUACUAUAUAUCCUUAAGGGAAAGGGGUAUAAAAAUGACCGCUCCAAAGCUAUUAUAUACGAUAGAGCAGCCCCAUGGGUUGGGCGAGUUGUAUUUCGCGUGGCAGAAGGGCGAAGGCCGGUCUCUGCUGGCGACUACGGGGACGGAUGCUACAGUGGCCAUACAUGACCGCAGUGGGCAGCUGAUGGAACGCAUGAAGUUGCAAGGCCUAUGUGCCGGUAUGGAAUGGGACAAUGAUGGGGACUACCUAGCGGCAAUAACUCCAAACACAAACUCUGUGCUACUCUGGGAAUGCCACUCCAACAAGCGGCUGAAUGUGGAAACAGGGCUUCGGGAGGCACCUUCCUGCCUCGCCUGGGGUUAUGGUGAACCAAUGCUCGCUAUUGGCACGCAGAAAGGAAAUCUCGCUUUGUAUAAUCAUCAUACUACAAAGCGCAUACCAAUCAUAGGCAAGCACACAAAGAAAAUCACGAGCGCAGCGUGGAACAAGGACAACAUUCUCGUACUGGCGUCGGAGGACAAGAGUCUGUCCAUCAACAACGCGGACGGGGACACGCUGCGGGUCAUCUCCCUGCGGGACACGCCCAACGACCUGCAGUGCUCCGAGAUGAAGGCCGACGAGCGCGUGCCGGGCGAGAACACGAUCAGCCUGGUAGUAGGCAAACGGACAUUGUACCUGUACAACCUACUGAAUCCGGAUAAUCCUAUAGAACUAGCUUUCCAACAGCGAUAUGGCGCCAUCGUCGCCUACAAGUGGUACGGGGACGGAUAUAUUCUUAUAGGGUUCAGUGCGGGCUUCGUCAUAGCCAUAUCGACCCACAUCAAAGAGGUGGGUGAGGAGUUAUUCCAAGUGAGGAACCACAAGGAAACGCUGACAGAUGUCGCCGUGUUCAACGGGCAAGCCGCUUCCUGUGGCGACAGCCAUUUGAAGCUGAUAUCAGUGUGGAACAACGGCGAAGUCUCCGGGUCAGUGUUACCCCCCGGCGGCGCCGAGCGCUGCGCCUGGAGCUCCGACGGCCGCCUCCUGGCCACCGCCGGCCGCGCCUACCUCAACGUCUACGUGACAACCCUGCCGGCCUUGCAUGCGGCCUAUGGCACUAGGGCCGUCACACUCACGAGCUUGUCUGAGGCUACGCUGUACCAGUGUAUCCCCGUCGGCGAUGAGGAGGCUAAAUCGGAGCCAAGUGUACUAGCGACGUACGCGCUGCCCCUCGAGCCACAACUCCUGGCGCUAGGCGCCUCACACAUUAUAUGCGCUCGCGACGCGCACGCCUGGCUGUACCCGCUCGGCGGCGGCGUGCCCGUGCAGCGGCAGCACCCCGCCGCCGUGGACGCGCUGCGCGCCGCCGGGGAGUACUGUGCCGCGCUGAGCGCCGGCCGCGCCCUGCUGCACGCGAUCGAGCCCAUGGAGCCCGAGAACGCAGAACGGGACUCCAUAACGUUCCCUGAGCCUCACAUGCAAGAUGCCGUCAUCACGGACAUACAACUUACCAGCGAUUUCUUCAUAUUCGUCACUGACCAAGGUCACAUUGAAUAUUUCGGCCUAGAGGAAUGGCGAAACUCCGUUCGCUACAAACAUACUUGUGGGAUACGCAACGUCUACUGUGAUAUCGGCGGCACCCGCGCCUGCAUAGUGGACGAGCGGCGCCGCGUGCUGGUGUACUGCCCCGCGUCCGGAGACAUGUGUGCCGUGCCCAACAUCACCGGACCAAUCAAGGGCGUAAUCUGGGACAUCUGCCUCUCCGAGCGCAACGUGUUCGCCGUGCACACGCCGGGUGCCGUCCACACGUGCUACCUGAGCGCGCACGGCACGGCGGGCCCGCACGCCGCGCUCGUCCACACCACCGCCGUGCCGCCCGACACGGCGCCGCUCCUACUGUUCUCCGGCGACGUCUACUGCUACGGCCCGCAGGGAGCCGUGCUGAAAAUCCCCCUUGACUCACAUAACACGAGCGGGCUGGCCGACCCGGACCCGGAGAAACGCCUCGCGAACCAACGGAAACAUAUCGAGAAACUUCUACUGCUGAGACGGUUCAACGAAGCUUGGCUGUUUUGCGACGCUGUCGACGAAGAAGGCCUGUGGAGAAAGCUCGGAGAAGCGGCCAUAGCUGAGCUUAAUGCGGAGUUCGCAAUUCGUGUGUACACGCGGUUGAGUGACGUCGCUAUGGUGUGGGCAUUGGAGGACGCGUUGCAUAUAGAAGAUCUCUCCAUUUUGUGCGGCGUGUUGUCAGCGUCCCUUAACCUCGGCUCGGCGGCGGCGCGCUGGCUAGAAGGCGCCCCCAGCGGAGCUCUGCCGGCGCUGGAGCUGCACUGCGCGCGCGGGGACUGGGGCUCCGCGCACACGCUCGCGCUGCAGGCCUGCCCCGAGGCGGCGCCGCUUGUCGCGCUGCAUCGCGCGAGACACACCGAGCUGCUAGCUGACUACCACGAGGCCCUAUCCUUCUACGAACAAAGCAUUAUGCCCGACGACAGCACCGCCAAAGUCAAAGAUCACAACGAAAAAUGCGAGGCCGGCAUCGCGCGCAUGUCCAUCCGCUGCGGCGACGUCAUACGAGGCGUCACCACCGCCAUGAAAUAUGCGCACGAUAUAGAGUUACUUAAAGACUGUGCCCAGUUACUAGAAGACGAGAAACAGUACAGCCAUGCCGCGGCCCUUUACGAUCAUGCUGGAAACACUGAGAAAGCGGCGUCCUUGUAUAUAAAACUUAAGUCUUGGCUCAAAGUCGAAGCGUUACUCCCGAAAAUCAAUUCACCAAGCAUUCACAUACAAUACGCUAAAGCUAAAGAGGCCGAAGGCAGAUACCAUGAUGCGUUGAAGUCGUAUCUUAAGGCUGGUGAUUAUGAGGCGGCUAUAAGGCUCAAUUUGGAAAAGCUGGAUGAUGUAGACGAGGCUGUGAAUCUGGUUCAGGAAACUAAGUCGGUGCAGGGGGCGAAGAUGGUGGCGAAUUAUUUCCAGAACAGUGAUGAUCCAUCAUCAGCGAUCAAGUUUCUAGUGAUGUCGCUAUGUUACGACGAGGCUUUCCAAUUAGCUAGAAAGAAUGGAAAACUGCAUCUGUACGGGGAAAUCUUGAUACAGACGUCGCAGGCGAGGCCCGAGGAUUUCAGGUCAUUGGCGCUGCACUUCGAAGGCGAGAAAAACCACCUACUAGCCGGCAAGUACUUUUUCCACGCCGGUGAAUACAGCAAGGCCAUGUCCCACCUACUCAAGACUGGCGUGGAGGAGGAUGAGGCCAUCAGCGUCGCUAUUGAUGCAGCCGCGGCCUCUGAUGAUGAGAGGCUCACUAGAAGGCUGAUAGAAUACCUGCUGGGCGAAACGGAUGGCACACCACGGGAGCCUAAACAUCUGUUCCGGCUCUACAUGGCAAAGCGGCAGUUCGCGGAGGCGGCCAAGACUGCCGUGAUAAUAGCGGGCGCCGAGUGCCGCAGCGGCAACUACCGCGCGGCGCGCGACGUGCUGCGCGCCAUGUGCGUGUCGCUGCGCGCGCGCGGCCUGGCCGUGCCGAGGGACAUGCGCCACGCCGCCGCCACGCUGCACGCCUACAUACUGGUGCGCACACACGUGCGGCGCGGCCGGCACGAGCUGGCGGCGCAGCUGCUGUGCCGCACCGCCAAAGACGUCAGCUUCUUUCCCACACACCAACACCAAGUGUCAAUUCUGACAUCGACGGUGAUCGAGUGUUUGCGCGCAGGACUGAAGCAUCAGGCGCACCACUGGGCGCGCGUACUCAUGCAACCGGAGUAUCGGGCACAGAUCGACCCUAAAUACGUGAAGAAAGUGGAGUCGGCCGUGCGGCACCUGCCUCGUGCGGCCGCGCCCGCCGAGCCGACCGCGCCGUGCCCGCAGUGCGCCGCGCCCGUGCCCGCCGCCGCGCUCUCCUGCGCGCGCUGCGAGGCCACGCUGCCCAUGUGCAUAGCUACUGGCCUACACAUAGUGAAGGAAGACUUGACGGCGUGCCCCGAGUGCGACUUUCCCGCCAUCUACUCUGAAUUUACCGAAUUGCUUCAAGAAGAAGGCAAAUGUCCGAUGUGCGGUGAGAACGUCGACCAUCGACGUCUCGUCAAGAUAGACGACGUGUCGGCUUAUAUGGAUCUCAACAUCACUGAUUAAGGUGCCAAGGAUAUAGGGAUGUGGACCAUUGAGAAAGGUACAGCAUGUUGCUACGAUCACUUACUAAUCCGCUGCAUUAGCUCAGAUGGUGUGGGCACGUCCUUCGAAUGGAUGACAACCGCUUGCCUAAAGCUGUUCUCUACUGAGUUGGCGGUGGGUAAGGAAGCACGGUGGUCAGCACCUGCGCUACAAGGACGUGCUCAAACGGCAUCUGAGCGCUUGCGCCAUCGACCCCGAGCGUUGGGAGGAGCUUGCUGGAAGAUCAUCUUGAAGUUCUACCAUCCAUAAUGGUGUCAAAACAUUUGAAGAUGGCCUCACAAGCCUAUACGUAUAACGCAGUGGCCACCUUUAGUGUAACGCGUGAAAUAGAGCAUUUAAGAGCCAGUUCGGUCACGAGCUUACGCUAGACAACGUCCAUAAUGUUUAGGGUCGCCGUCAUCGAAAACAAUCACUUAAAUUAUAAACUGAAAUAGAUGUCAUAUGCUAAAGAAAAAGUGACUAAGCCCUUCAGUGGCGGAGGCCGGGUUCGAACCGGCGUGAUCAGCUUCGCGGAACUCCCUGGACCUCUAGGCCACCCCUUCACGGCGGUACGCACCCAAUUUCACGAUUAUAUGUCAUCUUAGAAAGACUAGGCUACUAGACUAUACCUACUAUGUAUACGAAAAUAAAUUGAU